AUGGCAGUGGAAAUGGCGAUGGAUAUUAGCGACAGCGUUCUAAAAGAAGCACCGAGCGUUCCUGGCCUCGACGUCCCGUGGAUCGAGAAGUAUCGUCCCACCCUUCUCUCAGAAAUCGUUGGCAACGAAGCAACCGUUCAACGACUUGAGUCAUUUUCCCACACCGGCAAUGUUCCUCACAUAAUUAUUGCGGUUUGUAGAGAAAAUCUAUUAGUUACCUUUUGCUCUACGGCGUUUAGGGCCCUCCGGGUUGCGGCAAAACAACCAGCAUUCUUUGCCUCGCAAGAGCUCUUUUAGGCGACGCAUAUAAGGAGGCAGUUCUUGAGCUAAACGCCUCUAAUGAUCGUGGCAUUGAUGUUGUGCGCAACCGUAUCAAGAUGUUCGCCCAAAAGAAAGUCACCCUUCCGCCUGGUCGUCAGAAGUUCGUUAUCCUUGAUGAGGCUGACAGGUAGGCCUUCCAUCCCGUAAACCUGCGAAAUUUCCAUAUUUUUUAAAAUACUGUUUUCUGUUUCUGUGCAGACCGUAUUAGUAUUCUCUACAUUUUCUCAAUUCAGUGCUGGUUUAUUCACCGGAAUAGACGCACCCGAGGUCAAAGCUAUGUCAGAAGACUGUCGGGAUAACUCGGUUAUUCUUUGUGGCUCUAGAGCAAUAAACAGUAAGAUUAGCGGAGCACAAUAGAGUUAAUAAGGCGGAGGAUAAAUUGAAAAGUGGACGUACAUUCGAGGUGAUAAGACGAGCAGUCAGCGAAUGCCGCUAAAGUGUGGUGGUCGGUUUAUAAGCGAGCGGCAACAAAGAGCACUAAACAAUGGACAAAGAACAAUGAACAAAGAAUGACUAGAACCGACGAAUAGGGAUACAGAGACAAAGACAGGUGGUAUGAGUAAAGUCUGCUUACUAACAAACGGUUAGUAGCAAAAUAAAGGACAAUAAUAGAAAGUGACAUCAGGGAUGUCACAGACCCUGCUGUCUAUCUAAGUCCGUAUCGGUAGCAUAAAUACGUAUGCCUGUUCGUGCGGAUCAAUCAUUGUUGGUGGUUAUACAACUACCUAUUUGCCCGAUUUUCCAUCUCUAACCUCAGGGCUCCAUUGCAUGUUAGUGAUAUCCAGGAUCGCAUUUCGUAUAGAACUUUGCUGACCUGUGCUUGUGUAAAUUAUGGAUGGGCCACAUCGAUCGACUCCUGUUUCCACCAUGUUGUAUCCCCGAGGAUUGCGUGCCUUGCGAUCUAAGGUUGUGCCCUUGACAACCACGUAUUCCCUGCCCAUACGUCAAUGAUUUCUCAAAAUGGUCGGGCGCGGUAUUCUCUGUAUCCAUCUUAACCGCAAGUGUUUUCUGCUCGAAAAGCACGCCAGAGAGUCCGGCUCGGAGUGUUCAUAGAGCAACCUCUGCAUCGAAAUCGUUCAUAUCUUAGAUUUGUUUUAGGACGUGGUGAGACAACUGCGUCAUCACCGGGCAACAUUGCCGAUAUCCGAUGGACUUCCAUUUUCAGUGUUUGGUCCGUCGGCCUAAGAAACGUUAUUUUGUUAAGGGCAAUGAUUGAAGAACUUAUCAUAUUGUCGCAACUCAUGAGCGCUAACGAACCAAAUAGUGCAAGGUAAGUUUACUGCCAGAAAAUGCUGUAUGAAAGAUGCAUAGGUUGUGGUAUAGUUAGCACAAAAAGGGACUAAGCCAGGCAACAGUUCUGGAACCUUCGACGUUCCUGUCGUCCGUGAGUGGUUUUUCAGUCUUUUGAUUCAAGACCGAUGGUCAGUGCUUGCCUUUGCAAUAUUCUGUCUCAAUUCGUGUAUCCUGAUUUUGAUGACUCCGUACUCAAGUGCAGAAAGCGAUUCCCCGCAACUUUUGACAAGAAAACGGUGCCACUGGUAGAGUCCUGGAUGUUUUACCCCUUAUGAGUGCUCCACCGUAAUCGCUGAAUGCUUUGACUAGGAGGUCAGCUGGUUCAGCUCAGGGGUUUUUCGAUUCCACAUCAGCUUACAGAAUACUAAAUCAAUUAUUCCUAGUGGACUGUUUCAGUGAAACCACAUAAGCAAUCCUUUCUUCUACCCAGGCUGACAUUACUCCAGGAUCCAGCUAAGGACGCGCCCUGAACCAGACGUUCAUGUUUAGGAGUUGAACUGCAUUUGUCCAGUCCUAUUGGACCGACACCGGAGGUCCUUUCGUCACUCCAAACAUGUGCUUGCGUAGCGUUUAUUAGAUUAAUUUAUUUGUAAGAGUGUAAUAGCGUCAGUUGUAGCGAAAGGUUCUCUGAGGACAGUACAAAUGACUGUCUAAGCAUGUCGGAAAAGUUCUCUUAGUGACGCAAGACUUCCCCGUCUGGGGUCUUUUGGGGGUGGGGGACCUCAUUAUUUUGUAAUAAUGUGGGCGACGACGGCACUUUUGAGCGAACACUUUUUAUGCCUGCGAUAGUAUACGCGCCUUGAAAGAUUAUGGUCAUGCCCCACCAAAUCGGUCUUGCUGAUACUCGUAAACGCGCCAUCUGACAAAGUCCACGUCUCCAGUGACUUGUGUGCACUGUUGCUCGUCUGCUAUUUGUGGGAUUUUGACUGCUAUCCGGACAUUUUGUCGGCAGUGGGCUGUUGGGUCAUAUUUGCCAGUACGCAAGUUCCACACCCUUGGCUCGGUGCUUAGGUAGCACAGCAGACUACAGUAGGCAUUUAUUGAUACCUACCAUCUGCAGGCCCGGACGCGUGUUUCGCCGGUUUUACGCCGCUACACGACAGCUGCCCCCCCCCCAGCGUUUCCAUGUGUUUCCUGGUAUACAAGCACUUACUCUUUUCACUGGUUGUCCACUAAUUUAUGAGGUAAUUGGAAAGUUUAAAGACAAGUGGAGUACUGACUGUUGCUUGAGCAUCGAAAAAACUUUCGAACCCGUUUUGCCAAUGGCACAUUUGCGCCCAGUCGGGCAGCUUAAAUAGACUCACCUUACCGACCAUUCAGUUGGCAAUGGAGACGCAAACAAGAAAUUUUCCCUGGUUUCUCGACGUCCUUGCUUGCAUCAUUUAAAUGUCACAGAGAGAUUAAGUCCGACUGGUGAAAAUCAUCCCCAUGUGACUGAGUACUUUCGAUUGGACUUCACCGUCUGAACCUACAGUACCUGUGCUAACUCAUGAAAUGUCACGAAUUAACACAGGUUAACGACUUUAACGCAGAAUCGGUAAACACUACGGCUCCCAAAGUCUGAUAGCGGAAAAUAAACGAUGUGUCAAAGAAAUAAAGCAAAGUUUGGUUAAGAAAAUAUUAUUUACUGAGAUAAAAAUAAGUAAUUUUCGACAAAAGUCACAUUUUCGAGAAACGCCUAUAUUGCAACCAAGUUAAUAAAGGCUACGUAUGAGGGCGUAUAAAGGAGGAGGGCGCAUAAAAGGUCAGAAAUAAGUAAGGACAGAAACAGAUACAAAAAAUUAAUACUUUGUUGAUUGUCCAUUGGAAUUAAUAACGGCAGAAAGUCUGUCAGACAUAGACAUGACGAGGUUAUCUAUGGUGGAUUGUAAAAUGUAAUUAUUGAGUAUGAAAUCCAAUUUUUCCUGCAUUGAAAGAGUCUUCUUAGCUUUGUUCCAAUUUCUUUUGACUAUUCCAAAAAGAUUUUCGAUAAGAUUCAAAUCGGGACUGUUGGCCGGGAUGAAAAUGGAUUGGAGGCCAAUUGCGGAGAGGGUGGUUGUUGUCUAAAAUGUUAGAUUAUAUUUGCAAACGGCAUCAAAUUCGUACCUCUUUGGAGCGGUGGACAGGUGCAUUGUCGGGCAAAAUUACAAUAUCCAUUCGGCGUCGAUUUAUGCCGUUGUAGCCGAAAGCAUCCUUGACAAUUGCCUUAAACACCUUGCUGUUGAUGGUGUCGGAUGUUGACCGCCAGACAGGCCGCUCACCGAAUUUAAUCGCCAUCCAAACCAUCAUCCACCGACAGUUCUUGAAUGUUGCCGUCGGUGUAGUGUGUUCUCUUGGAAAGUUCUUUCCACAUAUGACGGUUUGGAGCGAUUUCGUAGGCUUGUCUAAAAAUAGAACCUCAUCGCAGAAGAAAAUGCUCUUCCAAAAUGAAGAUCUGUAAUCAAUAUAAUUCUUAGCAAAUAAAAGCCGUUAUCGAAUUAGUUUUCUACUUAAAUAUGGCUUAAUCAUGGCCUUCCGCCGCUGCAGUUCAAAUUCCUUCAUCCUUUUCCUAAUGAUGUUCACAGAAAAGAUCGGCAGAUGUUCCCGCUGAAUGGUCUCAAUGGGCAUGUAAUGAAACUUUUUUAAUGUACGACGAAUAAAAUCGUCGUCUUGCUUACUUGUGGACCGUUUGGGUCCCCCUAUCUUAUUUCUAGGAACAGUUUUAUCAUUAAUAAUGCGCCACAGAGUGACCUUGCUAAUAUUGAAAAUACUAGCUAACGACUCACGCGGGAUUCCCUCCGUCGCUAAUUUUCGAAUGCGCUGGAAGUCAACUUGGGAUAAGUAUUGUUUAGACAUAGGUAUCGUUUGGCGUGGUAGAGAAAAGUGACGGCAUGUCGCGCGAACUCAAUAUAUAUUCGUUUACGACACGCAUUUUCAGUCUGGUAAAACAAUCACACUGAUAAACUUUUAUUUCGGUAUUUUGAAACAUAAAACUUUACGAAUUUGUAAAAUAGAAUUUUUAGAUAAAGAAUCGCACGUUAUUUCCUGAACAAAAUAAGAAAUAAUUUAUCUGCAUUUCCCUGAUUUUCUUGAUAUUGAAAUUUAAUUUUUUCUUUUUGUUCGAAAGUUUAUUGAAAAAUUUCGUCCUUUUAUUAAUCUUCUUAAACAGAUUAAUAAGGUUACACAAAGAAUUUCCAUCCGAAAGCUUUAAUAGCGUAGGAAACUGCUUGAAUAUCAGGAAUCCUCCGAUUUCGCCUAAAUCCGGCCCGUUUUCUAUUUAAUAUACAGAUCCGUAUCAAACUUUCCUUCAGAAAACGGACUUUUUGUCCUUAUUUCAACUAAAUAAACACAAAUAACGACACCAAAAAUACGCUACAUUUUCCACUAUAAUUUUGACCUCGGCAUUUCAUGAGUUAACACAGGUACUGUAUGGUUCAGUCGUCUAGCACUCGAUUCCACUACCUUUAACUCGAGUUCUAAUCCUGAGCCGUUCUUGUCUGCUGUUAGGGCCUAGCAAAUUUCGAGUGCUUAAUUGAUCAGAAGUGUUCAUUUUUCCCUGCUUCUGUUUGGUAGAUUCUUGUUAAUGUCUCUCGAGCUGCUGAUCGGCCAGUUAAUGAUCAGUAGCCUUUGUCCUACGCCCAGUUGAUGACAUUGGUUGUCCCCUCGCCCAACACCUGUUUGACGUUCGUACUUCCAGGAAGGAGUCUUCCUAAACUGCGUCAUUACGAUCAACUUUAUGCCUUUUGCUCAAUGCUACAGAAUCCUUGAAUUCUUCUCAAAUACUUCUGACCUAAUAUUAUGCACCCUCUGCCUCCAUCGCCGUUUGAUUGCAGUAUGACAGAGGGCGCCCAACAGGCCCUACGCCGAACAAUGGAGAUCUUCUCACGGACCACUCGUUUUGCUCUCGCCUGCAAUGACUCAUCCAAGAUAAUUGAACCCAUCCAGUCGCGUUGUGCUGUAUUACGGUACGCCAAAUUGACGCCGGUCCAGCUGAUGGCUCGUCUUCUGCAGGUGGCAAAAGCCGAGGGCGUCCAGUACACCGACGAGGGCCUGGAAGCCGUUGUUUUUACUGCGGAGGGUGACAUGCGCCAAGUAGGUCUCAACCUCUACCCCGCUCCUCCCUUGUCGUGGGGGGCAGGCUGUGCAUAUGACACGCGUAGACGGGUCUUUUGAGUUUGUCAGCCACUACAUCUCAGCCAACCUCCGACCAUCUUGACAUUGUCUUGCCAUCGAGCCCGGUGGGUGAUGUACAGUGAGUGACCGAUCUCAUGAAGUGUUAGCCGAAAUGCGUUUCCGAUUAGGAAGGAUUACUUAGGUAGGGUUCUAAUACAUAUUAUCUUGCGACAUAAUUCUAUAAUAUUUUGGGCUCUCCAGAAUAUCGGCAUUCGAACGCACGUUUUUUCGACCUCCUGUAGCAAUCUUACUUGGUAAAAAAUGACUACUCAAGUAGCAUGCAGCCUUCGUAUUGAUUUUCGAUGGUCUCAUAAAUUCAAAUAUAUUUUAUAAAAAACAUGGACAAGAAUAUGUUUUCCUUCACUCGUUUGAUAGAGAAUUACGUCGUCUUCAUAUUUUAUAUUCGAAGAAGGAUUAUAAUUAGGUUUUAAAGCAGUUUAUAAUUAUGAGAUUUUUUUAAGACCGCGUAAUGUCCAUUCAUGCAACAUCGUAUCUCUGCGUUCACCACUGCUCCUCAUGAAAUGUACAACAUAGUUCGCAUCCAUCGCAAAAUUUUAUGGACGCUACAUGGUAUCUUUUUAAUGGCAUAGAAGAAUAUACGAUUUUCCUUACGCGGGACGCAUGCACCUUGCAGACUGAAAUCACUAAGCGCUAAUGCAACGGCUAAUCAGGCUCCAGAUUAUUUGGGAAUUAGAAAACUUUUUUAAAACCCAAUUAUACUCAUUCUUUAAAUAUAAAAUGUGAAGACGACAUAAUUCUCUAUCAAACAAGUGAAAGAAAGCAUAUUUUGUUCAUGUUUUUUUAUAAAAUAUAUUUGAAUUUAUAUGACCAUCGAAAAUCAAUAUGACGAAUGCAUGCUACUUAAGUAGUCGCUUUUUAGCGAGUGCGGUUUCUACAGGAGGCUGAAAAGAAGUGUAUCCAAAAGCAGACAUCCUGGCGAGUCCGAAAUACUAUAGGAUUAUGCCGCAAGAUAAUAUGUAUUACAACUCCACCUAACUAAUCCUUCCUGAUCGGAAACGUAUUUCAAAAUUUCGGCUAAAAUUUCGUGAGAUCGGUCACUCACUGUAGGAGAGAGUACGGUAGAUGCCGUACAAGUAUGCCUUACUAUAAACUGGUUUGUGUGCAAGUCACCGGUGCCCCGCCCACGUCGUGAGCCACACGGUUGACGUUGCUCGUGACAGUUGAACUGUCAGGUCCUCACCUCCAUCCCAUCCUCCCCUUUCCUCAGCCACAGGUCACGGCGACCGUCUUCCACCACUGUCCAACUGCAUGAACGCGUAGCGAUUAUUAUCUUUAGUUGGGUUCCAAGACCAGAAAAGUGUGUUUCCAUCUGUCCCUCACAAGGAUAGUCAUGUAAAGGUGAAACAGUGUUGAGUCCACAGAAUUCAAAAGUUUCAAGACGGUGUUUCAUCGCUGACUUGAAGACACAGCCAAGCCAUCAAAAGUGUUAACAGUCUAAUUUCUGUUACAGGCGCUGAACAAUUUGCAAUCAACUUACCAGGGUUUCGGGAUGGUUACAAGUGAGAACGUGUUCAAGGUCAGUUUCCAAACAAACCCCGAUUUGCAGAAUUCCCUUCUAAAACGUACUUUUACAGGCGUGCCUGCCUUAAAGCCUGCUUAAAAAUUUCAACACGUAGGAAGUUUUCCUGGAAUUUUUUUCCUUUAGUUCAUACGUCCAUCAGCCGCCACUGGCGCUGGUUUUGCCGACUUCCGUGUUUACGGUACUGUGGAUUAAUGUAGUUCCGUUCUUCACGCAGUGCGUGAUAUUGGGAAAACGACAAAAUCACCUGACCGUGUACGCGUUGCCUGCACAUGGUAGACACGUCUUCGACGUUGUCUUGUCAUUGGCAGCCACCACCGUGCGUCCCUCAAACCUGAUUGGUCGUUGUCUGGGAGAAGUUGCCCGACUCUUCCAGUCAAUACUUUGUGAGCCAUUUGGAUGAAACUCUAGCCAACCUAAACGGGACGCUAUAAAUACACCUCAGGAUUUCAGCUUUCGAAAGAACUUAUUUUCGGCUGCAUGCAAGAUCUAUACUCUGCAAAAAACGAUUCCCUAAGUAGUAUGCAAUUUUCUCAUUGAUUUUCGAUGUCCUUGAAAAUUCAAUUAUAAUUCAUGGAAAACAUGCAUAAAAAUAUUCAUUCUUUUAUUUAUUCGGUAGAAACUCACGUCUUCUUCCAAUUUAAUACUCAAAAGAAGAGUAUAAUGCGGUUUUAAAAAACUUUUCUAAUUCCCGAAUAAUUUUGAACCCGACCUCCUGUUACACUUGCAUUCAGGGUUUCAAAACUACAAGCUGUAUAUUUUCCGUGUACGGAAAACCGUGCAUUUCUCAACGGGGUUAAGCGGAGACUAUAUGAGGUUCAUAAAAUUAAGCAGUGGAUUUGAGCAAUAUUGUUAACUUUACAAGCCAGAUUCGUAAAUGCAGAUACAUGACGUUUCAUGAACGGCCAUUUAACGGUAUUGAAAAAUCUCACAAUUAGAAACUUUUUUAAAACCGAAUCAUACUCUUCUUUUGAGUAUGAAAUUAAAAGAAGACGCAAUUAUCUACUGAAUAAGUAAAAGCAUGAAUAUUUUUAUGCAUGCUUUCCAUGAAAUAUAAUUGGACUUUUAGUGGCAUCGAAAACAAAUGAGAAAAUUGCAUGCUACUUAAGUAGUCAUUUUUUGCAGAGUAUAGAUCUUGCAUGCAGCCGAAAAUAAGUUCUUUCGAAAGCCGACACCCUGAGGUAACUGGAUCAUUACAGAUUUAUGCUGAAUCAUGAUUAGUUUUACAACACUAUUUAAUUGAUCUUUUCGAAACGAGAAGGCAUUUCGAAAUUUUGGUUGACAUUUCGUGAGUUAGCACAUCUACUGUACCAUUCUGACAGGGUCACGUUUCGCUCUCACUGAAGGUUGCUCUGUUAGGCGUUUUGAGUGAACGAAGCCACGUUUUAUUGUACGACCAAAUGUCACUUACGAAUUUUCAGACUGACUUUAGUCGGCAUCUUCUAUUGCCGUACUAAUUUAUUUCGGGGAGGCAUCUGACAAGUUUUUGCAGUUUUUUUUAGUAUAACUCUGGGAGUCGUUGCACAAGUUUGGCGUGCAUUUAGCACUUAUUGUUGACAAGGGCGUGGAGGGUUGGUAAGCGUUCGCCUAGGACUGCUUAACCCAUCUGCUGACGGCUGGUGGUGAGCCCCGUUUCAACUUUGCUACGCCGUUGAUACCAAAGUACUGUGUAAUGUUUGACCUGGUCUGUUGGUCUUUUUCUAGGUCUGUGAUGAACCCCAUCCUCUGUUGGUUCAGCAAAUGGUUGACCACUGUCUCCAGAACGAUCUCAGUGCAGCCAACAAGGUCCUUCAACACCUGUGGAAUCUGGGAUAUUCAGCCGAGGACAUCUUCUCUAUGCUCUUCCGCAUAGUUAAGAACCACCAGAUGGACGAAUAUCUGAAGCUCGAAUACAUCAAAGUGAGUGGUUCGCAUAAUGCUUCAGAGGUCGCGACUCCUCUAUUCGGCAACCGCACGUUUUAUCUUGCAGUAGUCGCCUUCAAGAACCCAAAAUGAUUGGUCUUUCCCUCAAAAUGACCUAACAGUGGUUUCGGUCCAUUUUUGACUCACUUGCUGGUACACUGAGUUAGUUAACUUUCGAAAUUUUUUUACUUUGAUUCCUAUUAAGACCGCAUCUGUGUUUGUAAUUAAUGCGCAGCUGUGCACUUCCAAACCCUCUCUUGAGUGAGGCAGACGACAUAAUAGCAUAAAAGUGGACACUGAACACCUCCGUCUCGUGUCUCGCUCGAAUGUCAGGACUGACUGACCCCUGAGCCUAACUGCCUAUAUCCUUGGUAGGCGUAGGAAUAAAUUCCUGUUCGAAUUCACGUGCUGCGAUAACUCCGCUCGCUGUGCUAUUCCACAGCCCGCCUAAUUGCAUCCAUGGCCGCUGACCUGCAGGUCCUAUUUCGCUCCCAGCUGUGUGGACAUGCGUAAUAGUGCGUUUCCCUCGUCGAACGUCCGUUUUUAUAUUCGCUCAACGUCGUCUCCAACUUUUUUGUCGCGCGGAAUGCGGCAGCUAAUAGCAAACUGCUCGCCUGUAUUUAGUCGGUUUUUGAUGCUAACUCAUUCCCUGUGCAUAUUGGGUACCGAUCGGUGUGCGACGUCGAUCUUUAAGUCACAGGCGCUCCGGCUGUCACCUCGAGCCACUUGCGGCUUCACAACCCAUGGGUGGCCGUUGGGUCUCCUUCAACUUUGGUCCCUGAAUGUUGCGGUGCGUACGUAUUGCUCUGUGUAGACCCCUCAUUCCGUCUCUUCUAUGCCCUGCUGGGUUUUUCUUAUCGUUAAAGCCAAGAAGCGACCUUGGGUUUCUAGUAUCCUCGUAUCCUCAUGGUCACCGACACGUUUCCUAAGCUGCGCCCGCGCAGUGGGCCCCAGAAGAAACGGGCGGCCCUGUUGUCAGGCCUGAGCGGAGACAAAACACAUGAGACACAGACUUUCUUUGUGAUCUCACCGCCAAUCAGUUCUACUGGAUCUCACCACUGCUUCACGAUGGAAGAUGGAAAGCGGGUCCUCUCCAAUGCAACAACAUCGGUAGGCAGAGCAUUCCUCGCCGCAACUACUCUUUUGUUGAAAAUGUACUCGGCCUAAUGGUUGUCCCUUGUCGAGAUUUGAGGAGAUAAAGCUGAGUGGAUGGCCUGUACCCUUGGGCAGAGAAGUACUGUGUUGACCCCCCACAACGGGUAAUACAAGGGGGUGUGAUCGCACGCCCAGGUGCAGGUCCGCGCCGCGCCGGCCACCUGCAUCUGAUCCCGUUUUUGUCUCUUCCUGACAUGGGGCCCGCGGUACUGACAGAGGGGAGAGUGCGGUGGGUGCAGCGCAAGUCCACUAUCACUGUAAACUGGCCGACGCGCAAGUCACUGUCCCUGCACCCACUCCGCUGUGGAUACACCGACGUCCUUCCGGCUGUCAUGUGGUCUGCAUAGGCCUGUAGGGGUGUGGCCGUGUGCGGGGUGAACGAAUAACCAAGCGUGAAACCGAUAGUGGUAGUUACGGGUCGUUUAGCGAUGGGGCGAACACGGAGGUGGGUUGUACUCGCGACGCGACCUCUCCAUCGUCACUAAGAUUCACGUGUACCGUGCAUCUGCCCGGUCUGUCCUUCUUUAUGGUUGUGAAUGCUGGACGUGCGCGUAGAGGACGAGCAAAAACUGGAGGUAUUGGACCGCCACUGCUUGAGGACCAUACUUCGAGUGAAGUACACUGACCUCGUCGCAAAUGAGACAGUCCGCGCUCGCUGCGACAACAUCGCAUGGAUAUCCCAGGCCAUUCAAGAAAGGCGGCUGAGGUGGUUUGGGCAUUUUCUUCGUCGUCCACCCCAGGAGCACAGUGUUACCGCCUCCGGUCCGGCACCACUACCACAUUGUAGGCGUUCAAGAGGGGGUCAACUCAGAACCUGGCUCGAUACAGUUUGCGAAGACAUGGAGAGGGUUCUUGGACCUCCGACACUCGGUCUCCGCCGUUGGCGAAGAGAAUAAGUUGAACUGCCCAGCUCUGCUAUCGCGGAUCGUCACGCGUGGAGAGGUACAGUUUUUGACAUCACUGAGGCCGGCUAGAUCAGACAGGAUCGCAAUCGUACCUGGUAGAAGUAGUAUAAGAUAACAGUUCACUUUAUUACGGGCACCGUUCACCCUCUGACUUUUACCUUGAUAUAUAACUCUUAUUGCACAGCUUUAAAGAGGGAGGUGUGCUCUUUCAUUGGCUAUUAUCCUGUUCGUCAUUUAUCAGCUUUUUAUUUAUCCUUGUUAUUGGUCUUGAUUUUAUUAUCGUAUCUUCCUUCCAGGAAGUCGGUCUGAUUCAUCUGAGGAUUGCUGAGGGGCUCGGAACACUACUGCAGUUGGCUGGUCUCCUGGCACGUCUUUGCAAGAUUAUUGCAAAACCUGAAAAAUAA